AUGGGCGUCGAUGGCACCAUCUCCAAGGGUGUGUUCUCCUUGCAGCUUGUCAACAAGCUCAAUUCCAACAAUGUCCGGGCCUACAUUUCCGGCCUCGACCCGAACGGCGCUCUCGUCAUGCUCGGCCAGAACGGACAAUGGAUCUACCCAACCACAGGCUCCGCUCAACCUGUCCCGGUCCAAGGCGACAUUGCCAUCCCACUCGGACCAGCCAACAGCACCACCCCCAUCUCUCUCCCCGGCUUCAUCUCCUCCUCCCGCGUCUGGAUCGCCGACGGCGAUCUCUCCUUCCUCGUCGUCGCAACAACCAACGGUCCCGGCCUCGUCGAACCCGCAGCCGUCAACCCCGCCGACCCCAACUCCGAAGUCAACUACUCCUUCACCGAGUUCUCCUGGGCGGCCGACUACGGAAUCUACGUCAACGUCUCCUACGUCGACUUCGUCGGCCUCCCUCUCGGCAUGGAACUUACCACCUACGACGACAACGACUUCCGCGUCCCUGGCGUGCCCGCCGACGCCGCCGUCGCUCUCUGCAAUCAACUCAAAGCUCAAGCCGCCAAGGACGGACAGCCAUGGGACCAACUCUGCGCCUACGAUACAGCCGGUGACGUCCGCCGCGUUCUCGCUCCUCCGAGCCUCAUCGCCGACAACGCCACCGCUUUCCAGGGAUAUUUCGACAGCUACGUCAACGCCGUCUGGACCCACUACGCCGCCAACGACUUAAUCAUCAACACGCAAUCCACCCCCGGCAACGUCACCUGCCGCGUCCAAGGCGACCAACUCCUCUGCGCGGGCGACAACCGCGGCUACGCCAAACCCAACGCAAAAGACAUUUUCGGCUGCAACGACGGCCCCUUCGCCAUCCUUCCCGGCGACAACGCCGUGCAUCUCGCCACCGUCCCGAGAUUGUGUGCGGCGUUCAACCGUGCGACAUUCCUCAUCGAGGAUGGCAAUGUACAACCCAGCGUGGGACCGGAGUGCUAUUACCCCGCUUCGGAGCCGGUAAAGAACUGGUAUGCGGAUCUGUUGAAGAAGAUGCAAGUCGAGGGAAAGGGGUAUGCGUUUUCGUAUGAUGAUGUGGAGCCGGAAGGUGGGAACCAGAGUGGGCUGGUGGGUAGUACGAGUCCGAAGGCGUUGACGAUUAUUGUCGGCGGGGCGUAA